AUGAGAAUUUUACACAAGUCAAAGAAGCCUUUGGCUCCCCUCCCACAGGUCACUGAGCUCAUUGAAAAGCUCCUGGAGACUCCCGAUGAAGACUUAGCCGAAGUAUUAGGCCAGAUUGAUUCCUGGAAGUGGCCCAGGUCCGAUCUCAAUGCUUGGAUCAAAAUGUUGAACAAAUUCGACGCCAUCCUAGAGGAGGUCAUCCGUGACUAUGACAUCGACAAGCUGCAGGUCAAUGCGCUUACACCCACCACGAAAAAGACUGUCUGCGAGAUUUUGCGCUUCGAGCGGCUGCUACUCGAGAACUCGACGAACAGAAAAACCUUCAAUUCUUACGAUCGAUUGAACAGCCUUAUGUUCACGUCAGACCUGGAUGUCCUGAUUCUCGCCCUGAACCUGCUGUUGCGUCCAGCUCAACAAUAUUCUUCUCAACCCGCCGUGUUGCAUGCGCUGAGUAUCUCAACGCCACGUUUGACUUCUCUGGCGAAACGAUGGCCCAAUCUUCGCGAUUACGACGUGAAUCUCGCUGAUCUUGUGUCGGAGAAGGGAAAGGCCCAGGUUGAGGCACUUCCGAACGAGGCGCGCGAAGUCAACUUUAUCUUUUACAGACAGCCGACAUCUGGCGCUUCAACUGUCAAAGCAGCUACAGCAACAGAUGCUCAUACACCUGAUGCCGCGCCACAGACACCUGUUCGAGGACGGGUCAUCUCAUCAUCCAAUGUUGCGGCAACUCCAGGUACCUCGACCGGAGCCGUGACGAUACACAUCGACAGCAAGAUUAUCGAGUCUAGAGAACCUAUGGACAUACUUGCUGAUACCAUUGAGGCAUACUCCGUGCCAGACAGCGAAAAGUUCGAGCUGCUAACCCGCAUCCGCGCAGCGCGUGCUCUAACUUCUACCCAUGCUGCUGAUCGCGAAAAGCUGGUAACAGUCCGUCUCCUCGCCACUGCCAUCUUUGGCCAUACACACCAGGAGUCGCAGGCUCAGUCCCUGCUACUUCUCUAUGAGCCAGACCUCAUCACGCAUGUUGCUGAGCUUCUGCAACUGGAUCGCGGCGUGGAUGUCCAGAUCCAAACUGCGGCCAUUGCUGCCCUGGAUGCGCUUGGGCGAUAUCGGACCAAGAUCCAGGACGUCUUGACCGCUGUCAACGCGGGAGUGAACCACGGUAUUUUGAUGGCUUUGCUACGCAAGACGGUGGCAGAGGUUGCACAGCCAUCUUCGACGCUUCCACAAUCCUUCGUGGAGGCGCUACUCUCAUUUGUGACGUUCAUCGCUACUCAUGCAUCGGGGGGCAACAUGGUCGUUGGCGCAGGCCUGCUCCCCCUGCUCAUUCAGGUGACCGAGAACAGGUUGUCCAAUAGGCUGUACGUCGUCUCGAAGACGAUGCAGCUGCUGGACAACGUGUUGUACGGCUUCAACAAUGCAUUUCAAUUGUUCUGCAAUGCCCGUGGCGUUGAGAUUCUAGUAGAACGAAUCAAGUAUGAAGUCGAUCUAGACCUCUUGGAGCAUAGUGGAGAUGAACCAUCCCAAGAGAUCAUAGCGUCGUUCGGAAAGCUGCCGGUUGCUCGCACAGCAGUUUUGAAGCAUACGCUUCGCUCGAUACAUAGGAUGAUGCAGUCUUCAGGGACGGCGGAGGGCCUCCGUGGUUUGCUUGACUCGUCACUGUUGAAAUCUGUCAAGAAGAUCAUGGAGAAUCGCAGCGUGUUCGGGCCCAGUAUUCUCCCUAUUGCAAUCAACAUCAUGGCAACAUUCGUACACAACGAGCCGACAUGUCUACCCGUUUUGCAAGAGGCGGGCCUUUCCGAGGUCUUCUACACGCUUGUUGAGUCGGGCCUGGAGCCUGUGAUCGAGGUUAUCCAAGCAGUUCCCAAUGCCAUUGGUGCGCUGUGCUUGAACCAAGCUGGUCAAGACCAGCUCACUGCUCGACCUAACAUAAUCCCGGGUCUAUUCUCUAUCUUCACGUCCGAGCGCCACCAGAGGGUCUUGCAGGAGAAAGAGAAUUCGGUUCUGAUUGGCACAGCUAUCGAGGAACUCAUUAGGCAUCAUCCAGCUCUGAAGCAAUCUGUGUUUGACGCCAUCAAGUCUACCAUGGACAAGAUAAUCGAGCUGGGCAAUAAUUAUAUCCCUCCUAGUGAUAUCAAGCACUGGUACAUGCUCGUUCCGUCCCAUCCAUCAGCCUCGUCAUCUGGGGUACGUCCCGCUGAUACAGACGUUUUGAUGGCGCCUGCCGAUAUUGAAGGGGCUCAGCCUACUGCGACGAACGGCCCUGAUAUCGUUAUCGAAUCUACAACGUCUCAGCGUGACGACACUUUACAUAGAGCCCACGAUAACGUCAUUGUUUCCUAUAUCGACGUUCUGGGGAAGUUCCUCGAAGGGUUCUUCCAGUGCAUCCCUCAUUGUAAGGACUUCAUCGCUGACCAGGAGGCACUUUAUCGCUUGGGACGCCUCACUGCUCUUCCCUGUCUGCCCUAUGAUUUCGCGAAUAGCGUGGCGUCCGACUCUUUGGUACAAGUCAUUCGCACUAUGGCGGAGGCGUCGACGUUGGAGACGAUAGCUUUCCUCGUCUCGCUCGUGCAUCAGUCUCUCGAGGAUACCAAGCAGUUCUGGGCCGAGAUGGAAGAGCGCUCGCGACUGCUUCCCUUUGCAGAUAUAGCAGGCUCAGGUAGCCAGGCUAAUGCGCAGGUUCGGCAGCUAGUGAUCCUACACAUCAGGACCUCCCUGCUUUCCGACAUUUACGCAACGGCCGGGUAUUCGCAUGGUCGAGCGACUACCUCUCUGUUGCAGUCGCUGACUGGCUCGUCAUCACAUGAUGUUCUUCCGAGAUUAGGGGCCUUACAUCGCGCUUGUGUAUGGGAAAAUAUAGUCCUCAAAGCCGGUCUUGGGUCUCCAGGUACGGAAUUGACUGCAGCCCGCGACAUGAUGUCUCCGGAAUUGCAAACACCACCUACUGUCACGGCCUCCGGCACCCCCAACAUGGGCCAGGCCGACACCAGCGCGGGUCCAAGUGGCGCUACCAAUGGUAUCCCAGGAGACUCAUCUUCCAUCAGCGCUCCGAAGCAAGAAGCGACGAGGAAGGAAGUCCCGAAAGAGCAGAAUGUGAAGAUACUCAAGCACUUGGCCAGUCAAAUCCCUAGCGCUUUAGCACCUUUUUUCCAAGCGGUUGUGCGGCUCUUCCAGAGUCGUCGGAACGCUGAUCCCGGCCACAAGCAGAAAAUUCGCGAGACAUCAUCCAUUGUGGCUGACGUCAUGGUGAAGCAUCUUGCGCAGCUCUCAUUCUCCGACAAGUUGUCUGUUUUUGCUUAUUAUACUGUAAUGCUUGGCCUGACAACAAUAUUACUUGUGGACGAACGCACUAGCCAGAAGACUGUAUACACCGCGCUGUUGGUCGCCUUCAACCAGGCAAAGGGACUGGACACGAUCCACCAUGUCUCUCGCUCCUUCAUUGUCACUAUUCAGGCUGUCACUCUACUCGACGAAGAGGCUCGCUCGGCCGCAGCCAAGCAAGAACUGCUCCAUGCUUACGGCGGCCUGAAGGUUGCUUUGCACCUGCUCCACCCUCUCAUCUCCUCCAAACCUCUAUUUGAGUCCGCACAGACCGCGCUUAUCACGACGUCGGACAAGAAGGAGACCGAACCAGAUUACUUCGAGCCCCACAAUUUUUUCGUGAAGAUGAGGGUAGCGGUCAUACCAUUGCUUCGUGACCUCUGGGAGGCUUCCUGGUUGGUAACGGCUCCUCUUGGUCUCAUCAAGUCAAUCGUCCUCGCAGCCAUGGAGAUUCUGAACGUUGAGGGCGAGGAAAUAAAAGACGCGUCUCAUGGAAGUUCAUCUACCCUCAUCUCAGGAGGUUUCACCAUCAGUCGUGCGACUGGCCCAGACGAAACACGUAUACGCCAAUUAACAGAUAUGGGUUUCCCAAGGUCUGCAGCAGAGAGAGCCCUCGCUCGUACUCGCAACAACAUCAAUGCUGCGACAGAGUUGUUGCUGGCCCAUCCGUUCCCGUAUCCGCCUGACCCUGGACCUAACGAGCCUGCAGCACAAGAUCCUCCGGCAGAAGACAGCGGAAACUCAGAGGUCUCGACAGGCGAUUCGUCCACGCAAGCCAGUGAUGAUAACUCAGCGGCGUCUCCGUCCGAGGAUGCGACCGACACUGUCAAGUCUGUUGAGGAGUGGCUGAAGGAACUGAACACGAGCCGGGAAGGUCUGAAGGUCGGUCUGGGCAAGCAAGCAUUAAGACUAGUGGACGAACAUCCUUCUCUUGUCUUCGACGUUCAGAAGAUUUUCGUCGGAUUCGCUGAUGGGUACAGAGAGCAGGCAGUACAUCAGCUCAUCGACGAUAUCAAGGCCUUCUCGCCGUCUGCAUAUGAUGUGCAGGAGCAACCUAUGGGUGUCAGGUGUCGCCUUCUUGCCCUCGUGCUCAGUGAUUCCUCGUCACCCCUAUCACAAAUGCCCGAUGCUGAGGCUAAAUCUCUCAUGGACAUCCUGCUUUCGUUGCUGCUCUCUAAUCCGGCGGGCGCAGACGGCCAUCCCAAUAUCCCAAAGUGGCUGGCUGCGCAUCUCUUGGUUGCGGAAGCCCUUCUCGUUCUCGGAAAUGAUCCUCGGAGUAUCAGCCUACCUAAAGAAACUGAAGCCAUCCCCGAUGAGCCUCUUACGACCGGUCGUCGAUACCCUGAAGGCAGAGCCAUUCUGUUCGAUUUCUGUUUGCGACUGCUGGCAUUGCCGAGCCUUCCCAAAGAUGAACUGCUCUCUUCACUGAGAUUGUUUGUCUUAUUGACGGAGGACCACCAGAUGGCCCAAGACUUCCUUCGUCGAGAGGGUGUCACCCUCUUGUUCCAAUAUCUGAAGAUCUCUGCCGGGACCCCCAGUGCAGCAGGCAUCCAGUCUCAUAUCGCAAUCAUCCUGCGGCAUGUCGUAGAGGAUGGUCCUACUAUCCGGCAUAUCAUGCAUCAAGAGAUCAGACGGUUCUUUGCCCACCCCCGUAACCGAGCAGUAGACGUUGGCAGCUACGUCGCUGGUUGUAACGCUUUAGCCCUUCGUGAUCCUGCAGCCUUUGUUGAAACUACCCGCGAGAUAUGCCAGCUGUCGCAACCAUUCUCCAGUGUCAAGAGUAUCAGCCUCAGAGCGGUUUCGAAGCAAGAGGUCGCCGUGAAGCAAGACACUGAUCGCUCUGGCGAAGUGGCGGGGAAAAACAAUGACAUGCAGAUUGAUGUCGACCCAAUAGCUGCUCCUCGACAACUCUCCGUGGAGACAGCAGAAUCUCUAAUUCACUUCCUUAUUGGCGAGUUGGUCAAAUCCGUCAAGGAGAAUGAGUUGUCUACGGCGCCAUCGCCAGAAGUCUCCAAGGCGGCACCGUCAGGAGCCGCUGAACUAAGUCCUAUCACAUCGCUAUCGGCUCCUGAGACGAGCACCCAGGGGACUGGUGCCUCAAAUGAUCGCGGCGAGAAUAUUUACGCUUGCUUCCUUAUGCAGUGCUUGACCGAAUUGCUGUUCUCCUAUGACUCUUGCAAGUUGGCAUUCCUUUCCUAUUCCCCGAAAAAGCGUACACAGACGCCGUCGAAGGACACUAGCUUGAAGCAUCGAACGGCUGCGAUCAACUUUUUUCUCUCUGACGUUAUGUCAUUCGGCACAAUCAACCCGCAAGCACCAGCAGAAGCCAAGAGACGCAUCAGCCUGUGCAAUUGGGCCAUGUCGAUCAUUGUGGCACUCUGCGUGGAUACUGCUUUUUCACAGGAUAUCAAGGAUGUCGCACCCGAGCUUGUCUCCGUCCGCAAGUUCGUGCUCGAAGCAGUCAGCCGAGCUCUGAAGGAUCUGCCGACGUCAGAGGAUCCCGAAGCAAGAUACAGUCGCUUACUCGCGCUGGCGGAUCUUUGUCACCGCUUGCUGACGGUGCGGUUUAACACCACGGCUCGAAAACCGAGUGAGGAUAUGCCAACCCACAUCGCGAAGGUGAUGUUGGAGAAGAACUUCGUGGCUACGCUGACGAACGCUCUGGCCGAUGUUGACCUCAACUAUCCACACAUCCGCGGUGUUGUUUCGGCAAUCUUACGUCCUCUGGAGUAUCUGUCAAAGAUCGCUAUCAAGAUGAGCCGCGUGUCCGACAAGGUCAAAGACUCAUUUGAUGAGAAAAUCGAAGACAAUGAAAGCAUUCCGACAGACGAAGAUGAUACUGAGGAAGCCGAGAAUGAUGACACCCCUGAUCUAUAUCGUAAUUCUUCGCUUGGCCUGUGCGAAAUGGAGGAUGUCAACUACGGGGCUGAAGAUGGCAUGGAUGAGGACGAAGAGGAUGAAGAAGACGAUGUCGAGAUGGACUUCGGUGAUGAGACCGGGAGUGAAGACACCUCUGCAACCGAAGAGGAUGUUGAAGAUGACCUCGAAGAUGACCUCGAAGAUGACGGCACAGGAGAAUCUGAAGAGGGGUGGCAAGAUGAAGAGGAGGAAGAUGAGGAAGACCUUGUAGAGAAUCACGAAGUCAAUGCUAAUGAGGAAGGCGAAGAACAGGAAGGAGACGAAGAUGAAGGAGAGGAAGUAAUAUGGCAGGAUAUUGCUGCUGGCGAGGAUAUUGCUGAAGAUGCAGCAGAUGAUGUGGACGAGGAUGAGGAAGUUGGUGAUUCUGUCCCUAUCCUACACAUGGAUAUGGACGAGGAAGCGGAAGUGGCGUCAGAGGAGGACGAGUAUGGGGAUUCUAUCGGCGUCGAUGGUCAAGGUCCACCUGGUGGCAAUAUUUUCGACUUAGCAUCUGGUAUUGCUGUUAAUGGCAUAACACAUCUCACGCGACGUUUCGUAGCCGACGAUGACUUGGAAAUAUUUGGACGACCGCGUCAUUCUAAUGGGACAUCUGGCGAAGCUGCUAUCCACCCGCUCCUCAUCGAUCCUGCUUCUGCAACUACACGGGGAUCGGCCAACACGCGAAAUGUACGACGCUACCAGAGGGGCUUGACAGCACCCCGAGACCCACAUGACUUGAUUCAGACGAUUGAGGAUGCAAUUGGCGAGAGUGCGAUGCAAUUUUUCCACCACAUCAUUUCUCAUGGCCGCGAAGGUGGUGGGGAAACGAUCCAUAUCGAUGUCCCUUCAGGUGCUCUCGCCCCCCUCCAACGGAACGGUCGUGCGAUUUCCGCCUCCAUCCGACUUGAACGAGCCCCUCGAUCAGGCGACGGUCGCACUGAUGUGCGUGGCCUCGACCCUCUGUUGACUGUUCAACGUUGGCUUGAGGAAGUCAAGAUGCUGCAUGGUCGAUUCGAGCAAGGUCGCCUGACCAAGCUGAGCAAUCAUGUCAUACUCGCCCUGUUACCCGCCGCUGUAGAAGCCAUCAAGCAAGCCAGGAUAGCUCAGGAGCAGGAAGCGGCCCAUAAACGAGAAGAAGAGGCGAAAGCAGAGGCAGAGAAGGCCGCAAAGGAGGAGGCGGACAAAGUCGCAAAGGAGAAGGAAGAGGCGGAGAGGCUCAAAAUGGAAGCGGAAGAAUCCCAGCAAGCCUCCAGCCUCACCGAGGGGUCUAUGUCGGAUGUACAGGUGACACAACCAGUAUCAACCUCACCUGACGUCGACACGGAGAUGGCAGACGUCUCCGAGGAAGGACCAUCAGGGGAAAUAUCUGGUAGUGACGCAGAGCCUGCAACCGCGACGACCGCAGAUGGCGAACAGCAGAUGGCCUCUGGGAGCUCUGAUGAGGCCGUCGAACGUGUCACCGUCAUGAUUCAUGGAAGCCAAGUUGAUAUUACGGAUACUGGAAUCGACCCUACCUUUUUGGAGGCCCUGCCGGACGAUAUGCGAGAAGAGGUUUUGAAUCAACAUGUUCGCGACCAGCGCGCUGCGCGGGUGGAACGCCCAGCAGACUCACAUAUCAGCCCCGAGUUCCUUGACGCUCUUCCCCCAGAAAUCCGCGCAGAAAUUAUUCAGCAAGAGAGUCUCGAGCGCACUCGGCAGCAAGUUGAGGCCAACCAAGGACAGGGCGGAGCCCCUGCAGAAAUUGAUCCCGCUAGCUUCAUUGCCAGUCUCGAUCCUCAGCUUCGUCAAGUUGUGCUCAUGGAUUCCGAUGAUGUUUUCAUACAGAGCCUACCCUCCCACAUGCUAGCGGAAGCCGGCAUUCAUCGCCGCGAUGUACGACCACCCCGUGUUCCCCCGACAAGACCAGCUGAUAUUCGAUCACCCUCUUCUGCGCCUCAACAAACACAGAAACCACCGACUCAGCGCGAUGCUAUUCAGCUUCUCGACAAGUCAUCCAUGGCUAUCCUAGUCCGUCUACUUUUCUUCCCCCAGACGCUCAAGAAGACCCUGUUGUAUAAGGUCCUUGUGAAUCUUUGCGAGAACUCAAAGACACGCACGGACUUGUUCAAUCUCCUUCUCAAUAUCUUGCAAGACGGAUCCGGCGACCUUGCAUCCAUUGACAAGAGUUUCGCUCAGAUGUCCGUCCGUCCGUCCAAGCAACCUAACCCGCAGACCCCUAAGUCUGUUGGAAAGCAACGAGCGACAUCAGAUUAUUUCGGCUCGCUCGCACUUGCGCAGGGGCACACCGAAAUUGUUCCCGAGUUGAUCGUACAGCGGUGCUUGGAGGCACUGACAUAUAUCGUCAGUUCAAACGAGCUCUCAUCUCUGUUCUUCCUCACCGAGCACGAAUUACCCGCUGGUCUCCGCCGACAUGCCUCAAAGAAGGGUAAAGGGAAAGAGAAGCAGAUACCGCAGACUCACUACCCUGUUGUCCUAUUGCUGAGCUUGUUGGACCGGCCGUCUAUUCUCAAGACACCCUCCAUCGUCGAAUCUGUGGUUACGCUACUCGCUACAGUGACUCGGCCUCUCGCAAGUCUCAAGGAUUCUAGCAAAUUCAAGGGCGAACAGCCUGUACCGACGUCUGCAUCCACCUCCGCGGAAGUUGCUCCUCUAACGCCCGCAACACAGCCGGCACCAAAGGAGUCAGAUUCUAAGCCGGAGCCGUUGACGACUACAGCAAAUGCCGAAGAGAAGGUCCUGCUGACUCGGCCGCCCGUGGUACCACACACUGUCAUGCGCUUCAUUGUGAACGUCUUGACGGCAGGCGAAUGUUCAGGACGAACAUUCUCACAGAGUUUGUCCCUCAUCCAGCAUCUGUCAUUUGUCCCCGAUGCUCGUGACAUUAUCGCAAACGAAUUACGGUCUCGGGCACAAGAUUUUGGCCAUGCUUUGUACACUGCCCUAGACGAGCUGGCCGCCGCCCUUCGCGAAUCACAAGGAGACGUCUUGACUAGCUCUAUCGCCGCGAAAUUCUCAUCACCCUCGUCUGAUCAAGCCAAGCUCCUCCGAGUCCUCAAGACUAUUGACUACAUGUAUUCCCCCCGUUCAGCGACUUCAUCUCCUGCCUCUCUUAGCGAUGCCGAAGUCGAAAAGGUGCAGAGCAUAUAUGAAUCCUUCAAGUUUGCACCACUUUGGCAGCGUCUAGGCGACUGCUUGUCUAUCAUCGAAGAGAAACCAGAGCUGGAGCAUGUAGCAACGGUCCUGCUACCUAUGAUCGAAUCCCUCAUGGUAGUCUGCAAAUACGUUGGUGCCAAAUCUGCCGCAGGGAACAGCACACGUCUCCUCCGUGCAUCCGCCUCGCCACGGUCUCCCACAACAACCCGCGAGACAAUGGAAGAUCUAUUCGUCACUUUCACCGAUGCGCAUCGCAAGGUUCUCAAUUUGAUGGUUCGCAACAAUCCGUCAUUGAUGAGCGGCUCCUUCGCAUUGCUAGUCCACAAUGCUCGUGUGCUGGACUUCGACAAUAAGAGGAACUACUUCAGUCAGCAACUGCAUCGACGACCACAUUCGCGAGAGCACCAUACCACGUUACAGCUCAAUGUCCGACGACCGCGCGUCUUCGAGGAUAGUUUCCAGUAUCUACAAAGGAAGACAGGAGAGCAGAUCAAGUAUGGGAAGCUCAGCGUCCGCUUCUACGACGAGGAAGGCGUUGAUGCGGGUGGUGUCACUCGGGAAUGGUUCCAGAUCCUCGCUCGCCAGAUGUUUGAUCCCAAUUACGCCCUAUUCCAGCCCUGCGCUGCAGAUCGACUCACAUACCAGCCAAACAAGGCAUCCUGGGUCAACCCGGAGCACCUGUCCUUCUUCAAGUUCGUUGGUCGCAUCAUCGGAAAAGCUAUCUACGACGGCCGCCUCCUGGAUGCAUAUUUCGCUCGCAGCCUGUACAGGCUGAUCCUGGGCAAGCCAGUGGAUUAUCGAGAUGUGGAAUGGGUUGACCCGGAAUACUACAACUCGCUUUGUUGGAUUCUGGACAAUGAUCCUAGCGCACUUGAGCUUACCUUCAAUGUGGAAGCUGACGAGUUUGGGGUGACCAAGAUCGUUGAUCUCAAGGAGAAUGGUCGAUCUAUACCGGUAACGCAGGAGAGUAAGCGCGAAUUCGUGCAGCUGUCCGCCCAAUACCGCCUCUACUCUUCGAUCAAGGAUCAGAUCGAGGCUCUACUGGCGGGUUUCUAUGAGAUCAUACCUAAGGAUCUCAUCUCCAUCUUCAACGAACAAGAGCUAGAACUAUUGAUUUCUGGCACCCCUGAUAUCGACGUUGAUGAAUGGCGUGCAGCAACUGAGUACAACGGUUACACGAGCUCAGAUCCCGUCAUUGUCUGGUUCUGGCGUGCCCUGAAGUCGUUCAACCGUGAGGAGCGAGCGAAGGUGUUGAGUUUUGCGACUGGCACCUCUCGAGUACCGCUUGGCGGGUUCACCGAACUCCAAGGCGUACAGGGCGUACAGAGGUUCUCUAUUCAUCGAGCAUAUGGGGACACGGACCGACUACCACAGGCGCAUACAUGCUUCAACCAGAUCGAUUUACCACAAUACUCAUCGUAUGAAAUGCUUCGGCAGCAACUCUUGCUCGCAAUCAACGAGGGAGGAGAAGGGUUUGGCUUCGCGUAAUGAUAUUUGCAUACAAAGUAAUCACAGUGGACACUUGUAGAAGCAACACAUCUUGUACUCUAUACAUCUCGUUGUGCAGUUCGUCGUGCAAUGCAUCAUUUAUCAAUUGUCA